GGGGGGUGCCUGGAUGGCAAGGGGUGGGUAUGAACCUUGGACCAACGAGACAACCGAACGACAGUCUAGCAUGCAUACAGCACGACCAGGCAGCCAUCCAAGAUUGUAAGAUGUAGAUCGAGAUGUCUUUUUAUGUUCACAAAAUGUACAAGCUUGUCAACAUGAACUCCCGCCAUUUCUAGACCAAAAAGUUAAAAAACAUUGACAAGAAUUAAUAGGAGCUGUGGACUGAUAUUAGAUCUAGUCUAGAUCAUUAUGUGGAAUAAUUCAGAUUUCAGCCAGACAGGGUUUCAUGGUGGAGGUUUCAGUACCCCACAAGCAGAUGAAAAGAAGAAAGGGAGUAAGCGAAGCAACAACCUAGUUCCUGUGACAGUGGCUCAGAUGUUCACAGCAAAGCAUGAAGAUGAUGUUUUUAUUUCAGGAAAUUUAGAGCUAGCACAAGUGACUUUUAUUGGUUUAAUCAAAUCAGUAAAUUCUACGCCAACGAGAUUAGAUUAUUUUGUUGAUGACAUGACUGGACCUCCCAUUGAGGUUCGCCAUUUUAACGAUUCUGAUGAAAAUGAACAGUCUGAGGAUACUACACAGAACACAUUAUCAGUGAAUACAUAUGUCAGGAUUUGUGGAAUGCUCAGAUCAUUUGGUGGCAAGCGUUCAGUUCAUGCUCAUAAAAUUACACCUAUCACUGACAUGAAUGAGCUUUCUUGUCAUCUACUUGAAGUAGUCUAUGCUUCCGCCUCUGCAAGCUUACAGCAGACUUCAUCUAUCAUGGGUGGUGGAGACAAUAAAGGAUUUAGUACAAACUCUUCAGGCAUGAAUCAGAUAGCUGGAUUAACUCCAUUACAGUCUCAGAUCCAGAAUAUUGUCAGAAGUAACCAAUCAGAGAGAGGAUGCAGUAUUGAUGAAAUUUGUCAACAACUCAAAAGUGUAGCCCCUAAAGCUAUCAGGGACACCAUUGACUUCCUAAGCAGUGAAGGAUUGAUCUAUUCAACCAUUGAUGAAGAGCAUUACCAAGCAACAGAUGCUUAAUUCAAGCUUCAUUUUUUGUUUUUGUUAAAUAAAUAUGUGAGAAAGAUUUCAUCUUUAAUAAAUUUAAUAAUCAACAAAACAAUUGUUUUAAAAUAUUUCAAUUGAAAGGCUGCUACACUCAAACUAUUUCUAUAAGACCCCAGAGCUGUUUGAUCUUGGUGUUAUUGGUAGACUUUAAAUAAAAUACAUUACUUUGUAAUUAUUCAAUUGGAAUAUCUAUAUACUUGCCUAAAUGAGACUUUUUAUAAUUUUUUUUUUGUAAGGGUUAAUACAUUUUCUGUUCUUUGUGUGUGUGUGUAUGUGAUUUUCUUUGAACCAUUGAGUCAAGAAUGUUUCUCUGUUGGCCAAGAUGUACCAAGUGUGUGGAGUGAAAUUGUGAUCACUGUAUAUUAUUAUGUUGUAUAAAAGUUUGUCGCAUUCUGUUGAUUGAAAUUAAACAUAUUCUGUGGAAUGUGAUGCAUUACUGUUGGUCAAUACAUUUCUGGAAUUCAUUAAGAACUUUUGUUAUGACUCAUGUGUUUUACAUUCAUGUUUUCAUUGCAUAAUUUAUUAUGUGGGCUAGAUCUAAACAUUUAUCAUGCACAACCGAGUGUAGUUUUAUGAAUCAUUUUUUAAACACUCAAUUUUCAUUGUGAGAUGUAGAUAUCCUGUUUUUCUAUACAUUAGAAAAAUCUUUAACAUGUUUGUUUUAGUGAAUAAAAUGUAGGAUUUUAUAUUUCACAACUACAAUAAUAGCACAUUCUGGAGUUGUUUUAAGCAUGAGUUGGCGGCUUGUUAAGUUUUAAGUGAAUAAAGCUAGAGAAAAAUGUCUUGUAUAUAUUUAUGUGGGACAUGAUUUGAUUUUUGAACAAUUAAAUUGGAUUAAAAGAUUGACUGAA